CCGUCGCUCGGCCGCAGGCCUGCUCGCUUCGCCUGCCCCGGGCUGCGGCAUGGAGCGCCUGCCGCGGACCCUGGAGCUCUUCUAUGAUGUGCUGUCCCCCUACUCCUGGCUGGGCUUCGAGAUCCUGUGCCGGUAUAAGAACAUCUGGAACGUCAACCUGCAGUUGCGCCCCACCCUGAUUGCAGGGAUCAUGCAAGACAGUGGAAACAAGCCACCAGCUCUGCUUCCCCGCAAAGCCAAAUACAUGGAAAGUGACGUUAGGCUCCUGGGACAGCAUCUCCAGGUUCCCAUCCGAUUCCCCAAGGAGUUCUUCUCUGUGAUCCUUGAAAAAGGAAGUUUGUUGGCCAUGCGAUUCCUCACCGCCGUGAACUUGGAGCACCCCGAGGUGCUGGAGAAAGCGUCCAGGGAACUAUGGAUGCGCGUCUGGUCACGGGAUGAAGACAUCACGGAGCCCCGGAGCAUCCUGGCUGCUGCAGAGAAGGCUGGCAUGUCCACGGAACAAGCCCGAGGACUUCUGGAAAAGAUCUCAACACCACGGGUGAAGAACCAGCUCCAGGAGACCACCCAGGCAGCCUGCAAAUAUGGGGCUUUUGGGCUGCCCGUCACUGUGGUCCACCUGGGUGACCAAACCCACAUGUUGUUUGGCUCUGACCGGAUGGAGUUGCUGGCAUACCUGCUGGGAGAGAAGUGGAUGGGCCCUGUGCCUCCAGCCAUGAAUGCCAGACUUUAAGGAUGCCCAGAGGAAGCAAAAUUAUUGGUAUAAAAAAGCAGACCAGGGGCCGGCCCGGUGGCGUAGCAGUUAAUUGCGUGCGCUCUGCUUUGAUGGCCCGGGGUUCACAGGUUUGGAUCCCUGGCGCACACCGAUGCACUGCUCGUCAAGCCAUGCUGUGGUGGCAUCCCAUAUAAAAUAGAGGAAGAUGGGCAUGAAUGUUAGCCCAGGGCCAGUCUUCCUCAGCAAAAAGAGGAGGAUUGGCAUCAGACGUUAGCUCAGGGCUGAUCUUCCUCACAAAGAAAAAAAAAAAAGCAGACCAUCUCUGUACCCCUCUUCCACUGUGGGGCACUGGGACUCUUUCCUUGUCUAAUAGAGAUGCUUCUGUGGCCCUGGGGGAUGCCCAGAGGGCUGAGUGGUACAUCUACUGUUACUCUCAUGGCUGCUCUUACUUCUGUGCUUCACAAGUGCCUUUCAAGAGCCCCAAACUCUGCUUUCCCACAAAAUAAACCUAAUGCCAUUAGCUGUAAUAUUCUUGGGUCUGUGUCUUCCCUGGUAUUUGUGUGUUCUUGUUCCUGCAGUCACAUCCUGUCCACUCUAGGUGUUUGAGAAGAACAGCUCUUUCCGUACUCCCAGCCCGUGGGCGACUUGCAUGGAAGGAGCAGGAAACUGUCCCUCUUUCUUUUCUACAGAAACUCCCUAGAUCCCUCUGUCAGGGACAGAGACUAAGCCAGAUGGAUUUUGCAACUAAGUAGUUUGGCACUUACUGUCUUCUGACCAGCCACGGUGCCUGAGAUGGGACUGGGACUAGAGGCCCAGUGGGAGUGAAGACUGGGCAUGACUGAGCUUGUGCCCAGGUAUUUAAACCAAGUCCAGCUACACUGACCAGCAGAACCAGGGCAAGGUGGUGCAGGGAGAGCAGCUGGUGUUGCCAUAGCCUGGAGGAGGGGCUCAUCCCCUCAUCCAUGGUGCAGAUCCUGAGAAAGGCCCAGGCCUCUCCCUGGCCUAGAAUAACCCCUGAUCCUCCCACACAAACCCAUAGCUCUCCCACUCCCCCAAUUAUUUAUCCAAAGUCCUGCCUCCAUCUGCUCCCACUGUGCAAUCAUCAGAAUACCUGGUGUUUCAAUAGUAUUUGGACUUCUUUGAGAACUCUCUUUAUUCAGAAGCUGAAACCACACUUGGACGCUUGUUGGGAACCAGGUGUGGAGCCUUCAAUGGCUCGAGGGGCUUUGGGAGGGGAUGCCAUCUUCCCUUUGCUCCCUCUCUCUGGCUCUUUCUCAUCUCAUAUCCCAUUUUCCCCUUUUGUCCCCCAUCACCUCCUGUCUUCCUCCUCUCUUCCAUGAUUCCAGGAUUUCAAAUCAUCCUGACCAGGUUCAUCUGUGAUAUAAUACCAGAAGUACUUCUCCAAAUAACCACUCUCUCCUUCAAAGGAGAUGUUGUGACGUGUACAGCUAAUAUAAAAAUAUAGGAAAAUGUCCAACCUGAAGAAAUAUAAGGGCAAGUUAAAACAAAUUGUAACUUCUCAUAUAUCAAAGCUGCCCAGCGUGUGGUGAGUAGAGACAAAGUUUUAUGAAUAAAGAUGCUUGUCUCAGCAUUAUUUGUGACAUCAGAUAACUUAAAUAUCUAAGAGUAGGAGGAUGCUUGAAUAAAUUAUGGUACAUCCAGGAUAUAAUGUUUCCUAGCCAUCAAAAAUUGUAUUUGUGGUUCCGACCUGGUGGCACAGUGGUUAAGUUUGCACGCUCCACUUUAGCAGCCCAGGGUUUGCAGGUUUGGAUCCCGGGCACGGACCUAUGCACCGCUCAUCAAGCCAUGCUGUGGUGGCAUCCCACAUACAAAAUAGAGGAAGAUGAGCGCAGAUGUUAGUUUAGGGCUAAUCUUCCUCAGCAAAAAAAAAGGAAGAUUGGCAGCAGAUGUUAGCUCAGGGUCAAUCUUCCUCACUAAAAAAAAAAAAGUGUGAAAAAUUUUAAAGAACAUUGGAAAUUCUUAGGAUAUAAUAUUGAUGCAAAAAAGAUGAAACUAUGUAUAGUAUGAUCUCAAUUAUAUCUUGAUGUAUAAAAAUAUAUUACACUACAGAGGACAUUAGUAUAUUAAUCCUGGAAUAAAAUAUGUCAA